AUGCUUCUUUUCAAAUAUAUAAAAGUAUAUUCAAUGGUAAAUUUUGGCAAUGAUACAGAUUUUCUUGUCCUCCUUUACCCACUAACCCUCUACCAUUCAUAUUUUCUUUAUUUAUUUCUCUCUUUCUUUCUUUCUUUCUUCCUUUCUUUCUUUCCUUCCUUCCUUCUUUCCUUCCUUCCUUCCUUCCUUCCUUCUUUCUUUUUUCAUAUUUUCUUUCUUUCUUUCUUUCUUUCUUUCUUUCUUUCUUUCUUUCUUUCUUUCCUUGAUUACUUUCUUUUUUCUUUUUUCAUAUUUUCUUUGUUUGUUUUUUCUUUCUUCCCUUCCUUCUUUCUUUCUUUCUUUCUUUCUUGCUUUCUUUCUUUCUUUCCUACUUUCUUUCCUUCCUUCGUUCCUUCCUUUUUUCUUUCUUUAUAUUUUCCUUCUUUCUUUCUUUCUUUCUUUCUUUCUUUUUCCUUUCUUUUUUUUCUUUCUUUCUUUCCUACUUUCUUUCAUCCCUUUCUUCCUUCUUUCUUUCUUAUUUUUUCUUUUGUCGACCAAUUUGCCUCUGAUAUAUUUGUCUUUCUUUCUCUCUUUCUUCAUUAUUGUUCCUUUCUUCUCAGCAGUUCAUAUUUUCUUUCUUUCUUUCUUUCUUUCUUUCUUUCCAUCCUGCCUUCCUUCGUUCUUUCUUUCUUUGUUUUAUUUUUUCAUAUUUUCUUUCUUUGUUUUUUCUUUCUUCCCUUCCUUUUUUCUUUCUUUCUUACUUUCUUUCUUUCCUACUUUCUUUCCUUCCUUCCUUCCUUCCUUUUUUCUUUCUUAUAUUUUUCUUUUGUCGACUAUUUGCCACUGAUAUAUUUGUCUUUCUUUCUUUCUUUCUUCCUUUCUUUCUUCAUUAUUGUUCCCUCUUUUCUAAUUUUCAUUUCUUCUUCUCACCAGUUCAUAUUUUCGUUCUUUUUUUCCUUCUUCAUUUCUUUUUUUAUUUCUUUCUUUCUUUCCUACUUUCUUUCCUUCCUUCCUUCCUUCCCUCUUUUUUUUUUGUUUUUUUCUUUUGUCGACCUGUUUGCCAUUGAUAUAUUUGUAUUUCUUUCUUUCUUUCUUUCUUUCUUUCUUUUCAUUAUUGUUCUUUUUUCUAAUUUUUCAUUUCUUCUUCUCACCAGUUCAUACUUUCUUUCUUUUUUUCUUCCCUUCUUUCUUUCUUUCCUUCCAUCCUUUCUUUCUUCCUUUCUUUCUUUUUUCUUUUGUCGACUUAAAUUUCUCUUCAUUUCUUUCUUUCAUUGUUUCGUUUUUCAUUCGUUCUUUUUUCAUUCUUUCUUUUUUUCAUUAUUGUUCCUUUUUUCUAAUUUUCAUUUCUUCUUCUCACUAGUUUAUAUUUUAUUUCUCUCUUUCUUUAAUUCUUUCUUUCUUUCUUUCUUUCCAUCCUUCCUUCUUUCUCUUUUUCUUUUGUCGACCUACUUGCCACUGAUAUAUUUGUCUUUCUUUCUUAUCACCAGUUCAUAUUUUCUUUCUUUCUUUAUUCCUUCCUUCCUUCCUUCCUUCCUUCCUUCCUUCCUUCCUUCCUUCCUCUCUUUUCUUUAUUUCUUUCUUUCUUUCUUUCUUUUUUCUUUCUUUCCAUCCUUCCUUCUUUCUUUUUGUCUUUUGAUGACCUAUUUGCCACCGAUAUAUUUGUCUUCUACUCGCCAUUCUUUUCUCUUCGUUCACUUUCACUCUAUUCUCCUUCACUCACUAUAUUUAACUUCAUUUCAUGUUGCUUCCUUGACCUACCUCCCUAGUCCUCCUCAAUGCUUAGGCCUUUACUAUUCCUCCUACCCUUUUGUUAACCUACCUUUAUUUUUUUACGUAGCAUCCCUCGUCCUCCUCCUCCUCCUCCUCGUACUUUCUUAUGUCAUUUCUUUCUUCCCUCUAUUUCUCUUCUCUCUAUUGUUACACCUUUUUCUUUUCCCAUUCCUCUUCCAUACUACUUUUCUUCCUCUUCUCCCUUAUCUCUCUGCUUCGUCCAGUCUCUCUCUUUCCAUUAGUUUCUUUUCUUAUAUUUCACCAUUUUGCCUUACUUUUCCCUAUUCCUCCUUCUCCACCGACACCCUACUUUCACUUUCACUUUCUGUUUUAUUUUACAACGCUUUUUCGUUUGCGAAUAGUUACUGUUGGCAAGCUGCUAUCCUGAGACAUAAUCUCUUUAUAAUAUCUCUUUUCAAACCGACCAUCGAUCGUCGUUGCGCCGAGUAUAAAUUUCUAUAUGCGGACUAA